AUGACCGGUAAUGAGGGGAGUCUGUGGCCGUGUCGCACCACAUCAUUAACCCUGAGAAAUGGUACGAUCCUGCAGCCAGCCUUCAUUCUGGAGGGAAAGGCCUCAGUCGAGUCCAGCAGGGGGGAUGGAGGAGGAGGCGGGGAAGCCGGAACCCUGAGCCCAAGCCCCGCCGCUCUGCCUCUGACCCAGGCCGAGAGCCCCGGACCCUGGCAGAGCGAGAGCCUGCUGGCAGAGUCCUGGUCCACGAUGGGCGACGUGGACCACGAGGACACCAAAAGCCUGGACAGCAGCGACGGGGCGGUUCUGGCCGGAGAGGAGAACCACUCCUCCAACUCCGACAUGGUCCAUCUGGAGCGAGAGGAGGCCGAGAUGCUCGAGGAGGCGGAGAAGGAGGCCACGGAGGAGGAGAGGGGGAGAAGAACGGAGGAAGAGGAGGAGGACGAAGAGGAGCUGCAGACGAGUGUGUUGAGCGUGUUGGGUGGGGAGAGGGAGUUGGGCGAGCUCAGGGAGGAGGAGCAGGACCUGCAGGCUCCAGAAACUGAGGAGCUCCUGGUGUCAUCAGAGGAGCCUCACGUGGAGAAGGAGCCGGCAGAGUUCAGGCACGUGGUUCCCCCGAUGGCUCUGCCUCCUCUGCCCAUCGUCAGGCUCGACCCCCCGUCCACUACGUCCACGCCGGUCCCUUCAACCACAACCUCUGAAGUCGAGGAGCUUUAUUCCACUCAGGGCCUCCACCCUCCUUCUAUCCUCUCUCCCUUGGCAGCAGAGCCUCCAGCGGCGAGUCUGGAGCAACUCAAAUUCUCACAGGUUCCCCUCUCCGACGUAGACGAACAUUCAGUGAAAGAGCCCGAGGCGGCGCCAGAGAAGCCUCAGCCGACGUCUCCCAAGACCAAACCUCUGAGCUCCACCGAGCUGCUGUGUGGAGGCGCCGCUUUGGUCGCCGUGGUGGGAGUGGUGGCAUACGGAGCUGUGGCCUACUGUAGAAAAUAGAAAACCUCUCUUUGAAUCCCCACACAACCUUUCAGCACAGGUCUUUUCUGCUUUUAAAUCUAUUCCAAAUGAAAUAUUCCACUUCACUCUCUGAAUUCUGGAUUUGACUCUCUGACACUCGUUGCAUUGUAGUUUCUAUUACACACAUGAAUUAGAUUUUUCUUUCUUUUUUGAAUUCGUUUUGUGCUACCUCAGCUCACAGCAGAGCCCAUGGCCUUUGUUUUUCUGUUUGAUCUCUGAGGAAAUUUAGCCAGUGAAAUGUAAAAAUCAUGAUUUAAAAAACAAAAAACAAAAAAAACCUCGAUACUUGAACUCAUUGUUGGACGUUUCUUUGUGUUUGAGUGUGUCUCUCAUUAUUUCACCUGAGAACAAUUACAUAGCAGUUCCUCUUCUUGUGGUAUGGUGCUCUUAACUUUUUUUGAGCAACUACUCAGAUAUUGAGCUACCAGUGGUUCCCUUUUAGCUUUGGAGAAUGACAUUUUCAAAAUACUGGCCACCCAAGUUAUGUUUUACAGAUGGUUUUUUUUAGCUGUUUUGUAUGUUUAUUGCUUCAUCAGUAGCUGAAACAGCACGCUGCCACCAGUGGAGGGUUGUUGUUGCUCCAGCUCUCGAAGUGUGAGCCUUGACCUUUGACCUUUCAGGACAGAUUUGGACA